AAUGUUCUCGUUGAUAAAGAUGGAAAAGCAAGUCUCGCCGAUUUUGGUCUUUCUGCUCUCGUUCCUGAGAGAAGAAGUCAAGCAUUAGUGCCAACCUAUUGCGGAGGAACUGCACCCUACAUGGCCCCAGAAUGCUUGGCGCUCGACGAUGAAGGCAAUGAGUCGGCGCCGGUAUUCUCUCCGAAAAGUGAUGUAUACUCUUUCAUAGGGAUCAUGCUACUGGCACGUAACCUGGAUUAUCAAUAUUGA